AUGGAUGAGAUGAAUAAUAGCAAAGGGGAAAAGGGUUAUGCAGGUAUUCGACGUGAAGCAGGUGUGGAUGAACUUGGACGUGAAAAAACUGAUAAGGCUCUUGGUGCAGCCCAAAGUAAUCAACCUACUGUACACCCGACAUUGCAUGCCAAGAUUGGGGACGAAAAGGUGCGAGUUAAGAUUGACACUGGGGGAAGUAGUUCAUACAUUUGUAGUGACUUUGUUACUGAGCUAAAACUGACACCAGUACGGCAAGAAAUGCGCUGUAUCGAAUAA